CUUUACGCGAACGCACGUUGGCUAUCGUCACGACCCAAAUCACUGUCCUUCUCACCUGCAUGUCGCCUUGCCUCAGUACGCCAUCCUCACUGUAGGGCCUUUGACGCAUCGGACCGGCUUCGCAAUCCAGCGUUUCCGAUUCGCGCGUCUUGGGGGCGAUACUCCAGCAAGGCACAGGCUGUGUGACCAAGGCGGGGUUUAGCGGUCUACGAUCUGCCGAUUGCUGCUGUGACAGAGUCAGGGCUGCUCUUUACCAUCGACGCGAAGCCCGGGUGGGAGGGUUUCCUUUGCCGUUGCAUGUCGUCUGCUUCGCUGCAAAGGGGCACAUUUUGUUAAGUAGAUGUAUUCGGUAGCAGCAACUAACACAUAAUGGUAAAAACUGUUCUUCGCAAGACCGGCGUUGACGUCUUGGUGUAUCCUGCACAUGAUGCAUCCGCGCAGUGGCUUUGCUCACUAAAGAUUUUGCGUUCGAAUCUGCAGUUAACUUUCUCUCUUCAACAUAUUCGUUCCGUCAGCAAUGAACGCGAGAUUCCAUAUGUUACUCUUCGCUAUGAGGGCGACAAUCUUGUGCCUGGCAGCAUGUCGCUCAAGGAUCUUGACAUCAAUGUUUCCCCUGGGUCUUUAUCCAAAAUUACACGGCAAGGAGCCCCUGAAUUUCAAACAUUGUUCAUCACCCUAAAACAACCUUGUUCAGUAUGGUACCAAGAACAGGAUCUCAACAUCGACAUGAACUUCCGGAGACUCUUAACACUGGCACGGGCGACACAAGUAUGCAUAUGUUUCGACACUCAGUGGCUUGCAGAGAACGCCGCAAUGUUCCAGGAGAUUAUCCAAAUCUCUGAGCAGUUUGCUCGGCUUCCGCCAACCACACGUUUUACCCAGAUUAACACAAAAGCAUCCUGGUCAUUUCUUGCCUUUAUCCCGGCUGUCGAGCCCAGAGCUCGUGUUUCCAGCGAAGAGCCGGGUUCUGGGAUUGUAUCUUCCAUCGAGGAUACGGGACCUGAAGCACCUCCCUUCGAAGACGUGGAAUAUGAUAACCCCCCUCCGUAUGUGAACGUGUCAUAUGCGCAGGUGUCGGUUAAACGUUCGAGGCGCACUGACUCUAGUUUAACACCUGAUGCUCAUGAUCCGAAGCGCCCUCGAGAACAUUCGUGCCCGUCUCCAGAAACAGAACGCGCUACUCCUGCGCCAUCGCUCCACGCUGAGUCAACCGCUUCGUCUUCUGCCACUGUUGCAGUGGAUCUUUUUCAAGAAGCUGUCACUUCGGCCGUCAAUGAAUUACUCCCACACGUGCUAGAGAAGGAGCUUUUGGAGAAGGAGCUGCUGAGAGAGGAGUUGUGGAAGAAGAAGAUGACACCAGUGGUUAUGGAAGUGCUCCCGCAGGUGUUAAAGGAGCUUCUUCAGACAACGUCUGCUGGCCACGAUGAUUCGACCCACCAUCCUACGCUUAGCACAGAAGUCGAGAGGGCUUUUACAUCCGCUCACGAAUCCUGCGUUCAAGAAUUGGAGGAAACCCUUGAUCAACGCGUCAACUCUGCUAGCAUCGAAUUAGAGGAGCAUAGUGAUGAGAUAAGAGUUGACUUGGCAACUUAUAAAGAAGAUUGUAUCGCUAGUUGCAACGACCACCUUAAUGAAAUAAAAGCAGGGUUCGAUCAGGGUGUAGUGGAACGCGUUAAGGAUUUGGAAAAUAUUGCUGAUAUGGUAGUGCUCAAAGCUAUGGAUCGCUUGAACGAGCAUUUCGACCAUAUUGGCACUCAAACGGUGCGUAAACGUGGGGACGUCCUUAUUGCGUCAGAGCAAAGUCAGAGGGCGAGGUCUCUGCCCGUUCCGGACGGGUCAUGA